GACGCGUCCAAAAAUCCGCUAAAAUGAUAGCGGCCACGGAGCUAUUCGAGGGAAGCGGGGAACUCUCCGCUUGACGCAAGACCAGAGCAGGUUAUAACAGCCGGAGCAUGCUAAAGAGACCCCGCCGCCUCCUUCUUCAGCUGCUCGCACCCACGCUUCUUAACUCCCAAAGCACAACAUGUCCAACAUGUCGCGUCCAACGCUCCCGUCCAGCAUCCAAGGCACUGCCUGCGCUGCACCGAAUGCCACCCUCACGACCUCAUGUUGCACUCAAGUCAACGGCACCAUGGCUAGCCAGCAAGGCAUGCAGUACUGCCUGACAAGUCAAUUCGCAGCUUUCCAAAUAUGCUCGAACGAAUCGAUUUGCGAGACUGGCAAGUUCAACGCUGCUGCAUCCACAUCUGUCUCUAUCACGGCCAAGGCGCUUGUGGCGAUGCUUGUCGCUUCCCUCGCAUUUGCGCUCACUCUCGCACCACCUUCCAUAUGAGAAGAUGCGACCUGGUCUGCUGCGUUUACAAGUCGUCCAUGAGCUCUCAAUCUCGGCCUAGACCAGCAA